AACAGGUGAUAAAAAUCUAAUCAAAAUUUCACAAUUCCGCAACUUAACAUUCUAGGGAGUACCCAUAUAAAAUUGUUAGUACGUUUAGAAAAACUAAAGCAGAACAGCUGUUGGGAUGCUGAAUUGGACGCAUCCGAAACUGAAAGCAGAUAGUGGAAACCGGUCCUUACAAGAUACAAUUUUAUCAGCUGUUUGGCGAACCUGUGGUUCAUUGUCAAGCUUCCAAACUAUUUAAGUAAAUGCGGUGAAUUCAAUUUGCUUAAAUUUAGCGAAACGUCUAUAUGUAUUAUCAAGUUAAGUGAAGCGUGUUCCUCUUCUUGUUAAUCCACAGACUUUAAAUCAAAUAACUUAUCAAGUAUUGAAGACUCUUUAACCGGUUAAAGAUCCAAGCUGAAUACAAUUGCGCAUAUUUAAUCCGAGUUCUUCUCAAGUAAUACCGCAACUAUGGAGUCUUGGCUGGCCCAUUCUUAUAAGCAACUUUUGGAGGAGGACGACUUUACCGAUUGUUGUGUAGUUGUCGGGACGCGCCGGUUUCCUUGCCACAAGGUUAUACUGGGUGUGGCCUCGGAGUUCUUCAAGCGCACCUUUCAGCCCGGUUUCGCUGAGGCAAAAACUGGGGAUGUGACCCUAACCGAUGUCACGGAGGACAUAUUCGAAAAGUUUCGUCUGUAUGCUUACUCCUAUGACAGGACAUUGCUCAAUAGCUACAGCAAUCAGGAUAUGAUCACGCUGAAGGAGUGCGCCAAUAUGUGGAUUUCCGAACCGCUGAAGAAGGCGUGCGAGGAGAUCUUCAGGGAAAGAUUGCCCAGGAUGGAAUACUCCGACUUGCUGCUCUACUUUGAGCAUGCGCAUCAUAUACACGACACUAAACUCAUCCGUGAGAUUUCCUCUAAUCUGAAACGCAACAUUUCGUGCAAUACAAUCCCAGAAACUCUUUAUGAACUGGGUUCGGAUGUUUUCAGAGAGUUUUUGAAGGUCAUAGAGAACUCUUCGACAGAGAAAACGCGCUAUGACAUAAUUGAGAAGUAUGUGGCCAUUCACGGCUUUGUUCUUAACCAAAGCGAUCUUAAUAAGUGGGAGUUCCACGGACUCGCCAAUCCGAACGAUAAAAUCCCGGACACAGUGUUUCGGUUCGGAGAACUCUCAAUCAACGACGAUAAAAAAACGGACGAAUACGCUAACCCAAAUCCUUUCAAGGUCGAGAAACUUAACUUUUCCGACCCAAACUCGAUAUGCUUGGACCCCAGGUCUAAAAAGGUCAAUAGCGAGUAUGUCAAGACCGUAUUGAGCCUUAUCGACUAUACCAAAAUGACAGCUAAAGAGUUCUUCGAGGGGCCUGGAAAAUCCAAAAUGAUGACCUUUGAGGAGAAGUUCAAUUUUAUGUAUAAAAUAGCUACAGAAGGGACACCUGUUAUUCGAAGUCUUUUCGCACUCCCUAUAAACUAA